AUGAAAGAAGAUCGUCAAAAAGCUAUUGAAGAUCGGCAAAGGGCCACUGUAGCUUUGGAAUCUAUUGCAACCUUUUUCCAAACUCAACAACAUAAUAUUGCUGAGAACAUCGCGGAGAAGAAUGGCGAGAAGGUUGACACACAAAAGAAGAAUGGUGAGAAGGAUGACACACAAAAUUCAAAUGGUAAUAAUGGUCGAGUUGGUACUGCUCCUAUCAUUCGUGCAAGCCAGAUUAAUUUGAAAUUUCCUGUAUUCAAUGGAACUGAUCCGGAAGGAUGGAUUUUCAAGGCCGAACAAUAUUUUUCCUUGGUUGGUGUACAAGAGGCUAAAAAGUUUUCUCAUACAAUUCGAGCACGUUUUAGUUCACGGAAAUAUACUGAUCCAUGUGCCAACCUCUCUAAGUUAGGGCAAAAAGGUUCAGCUCGUGAGUUCAUUACUGAAUUUGAAAAAUUUCUUAACUUUGUGCCCGAUAUGCCAGAGUCACAUCAAAUUAGCAUUUUUCUUUAUGGACUUCGUGAAGAUAUAAGUGCUGGUGUUCGUAUGCUUCGUCCUUCGAGCUUAUCUGAAGCUUUUGAUUUGGCAAUUCGUCAAGAGGAAGCUAUCGAUGAAACAUCAAGGUUCAAAGCUACAAAAUCUAUACAAGUUGCACCAAAACCUGUUACGACAACUACAUCUACUACAGUUCCA